AUGUUUCAAUCUUCAAAUAAUUCAGAUAAUCAGAAUUCAAAUAUUAGUAUUGAUGUUUGUUUAAUUAAGAAAACUAAUCUUACCUGGUUUAGAGAAAAUGAAAAACCAAAUUUUCGAAGACCAAUUAUGUAUUCUGAUGACAAUGAACAUAUUACUGAAUAUACUCAAAUUAAGUUGAGUGAUAAACAAAAUGCUCUUCUUAAUAAAGAUCAAAGACCUUUUUUAAAAAAACAUGAAUUUGUUCUUGAUAAAGAUCAGAACAUUGUUGAUAAAAUUAGCAGAGAAUAUUUACUUGAAUUACUUUAUUCUGAAGUGAAAUUAUCAAACAUUAGAUUUAAAAACAAAUGUUCUUUUGAUUUAUGCAGAUGUGAUAAUGAAGUUUUAGAUAUUUUUUUAAAAUAUGCAUUAAAAAAAUAUUUAGAAUUACGUAAACAAAAAUAUAGAUUUAAUACUUGUUCUUGUUGUAGAAAAAUCGAACUUGUUUUUGUGAAAAAGACUAAUUUAUUUAUCAAAGAAACUAUCAAUCAUUGUGAUGUUUAUAAUUCAUCUUUUACUAAUCAAGUCAAAGAAGAUUUUAAGAUGAGAUUUCUUGAUCAUGAUUAUUUAUCAAAAUUUUUCAAUCAUUAUGGUAUUAGUCGUAAAUAA